AAAAGAAAGAAGAAAAAAAUGAUAUGCUGUUUAUCAGCCUCAUCCCAUUUUCUUAGACUAGGCUUACUUUCAAGCUCUUGUGUCCUCCCGACCAAACAAAAAACCUUGAUGAUGCAGUCUUCAAACUGCGGCAACCCCAGCCGUCUAAUGGACUUCAAAGUAAAAGAUCUGACGGUGGACAAGCAGCGGCUCGUCGAAGUGCCGGAUAACGCCACUCUAGCAGACGCCCUAAACACCAUGAGAAUUGUUCGUUUUUGGUGCCAAACGGUGGCAAACCGAGUAAGAGCGGUGCCGGUGGCUGCGGAACCAGGGAAGUGGUUGGGGGCUGGUGGAUCGAUGAUAGUGGAGUCGGAAAAGGAGACAGGACGUGCAAAGAAACAGUACAUAGGAAUGGUGACGAUGCUCGAUGUAGUGGCUCACAUCGCCGCGAACGAAGGAGAGAGUGGGCUCGAUAAGAAAAUGGCUGCGCCUGUCUCUUCUAUCAUUGGUCAUUGCCCUGAGGGUCGAAGCUUAUGGUCUCUCAACCCUAAUACCAGCGUAAUGGAUUGUAUGGAGAUGCUGAGCAAAGGAAUACACAGAGUGUUGGUUCCAUUGGAGGGUAACAUAGAGAAUAUCGCAGGACCUGAGUUGGUAGAGUCGGCCUCUGCUUACACAAUGCUGACUCAGAUGGAUCUCAUCUCCUUCAUCCUCCACCGAUCCUCCUCCCAUCUCCAUGCCAUCCUCUCCCGCUCCAUUGCCCAUCUCUCCGCUAUAAACGACACCGUUUUAGCCCUCACUAGCCAGGCCAGAGUAAAGGAUGCAAUUGAAUGCAUGAGUGUGGCAAUGCUCAAUGCGGUUCCAAUCGUUGAAGCCUCCAGCGAUGGAGAGGAUCAUAAACAGCUCGUGGACGGGAAAAACAGGAGAGUGGUGGGGACGUUCUCGGCGAGUGAUCUGAAGGGAUGCCAUUUAGCCACGUUGCGUUCUUGGUUGCCCUUAAACGCGCUCGAGUUCGUUGAGAAGAUCCCAAGAUCACCCUUGUUCGCGCAUGCACCUGGGACUGAAAGGGAGCUCGUGACAUGUCACGUUACAUCCACCUUGGCCCAAGUUAUCGGUAUGGUCACCACGAAACGUGUACACAGAGUUUGGGUCGUGGACCAGAACGAUGGGCUGCAAGGCCUCGUUUCUCUUACUGACAUUAUCGCUGCUCUCCGAUCCGCUUUGCUCUCCACUGCUCACCAUCACUAGAUUUCGUAUUCUCAUCUAUAAUUGCAUAGCUUCUACCAAAUUUUCAUUUACAGUCUUUGCUUCUUCUUUUUUGUGUGUGUAACAGCACCUUUGUUUCUUUUUUUCUUAAGCAGCACUUUUUAUUUCAUGUACAUCUACUUGUUUCAUCAUAUCGAAUUAAUGUCGACAAUUAUAUGA